AUGAAGAAAUUGCAUCGAUUGGUCUCCAAUGUGGAUCCAUUGAAUCGACUGACGUGUAUGUAUGGAAGGCUACUCUUAUUUAAGGUAGAGCCCUAUUGGGAUUGGACUAAAUGGUAUCAUUCUUCAUGUCUAAUGAAUAAUCCAUUUUAUGAGACAAAACGCUUACGAGAACGCGAUUGCUAUUUAUGUGAAGACAUCUUCAGAAUUGAAAGAAAUUCAGACCUCAAGAGUGGAAUAAUUGGAGAAAAUUAUAUAAAAAAUGAAAUUCCAGUCAUUGUUGGAUCAGAUGUUAUGGAGAGUGAACUGAUUAAGUGGCCCAUCGCUCGACACCAUUUUGGUCUCAAAGAUAUUGAAGAAAUAUAUGACUCGAAUGACUGGAAGAAUAUAUGUCUCUUCAGAUCCAACAUUAAGACCAGCGAUCACUUGACUUUGUUAAAGAAAAUGAGAUCAAAUAAGGGAGAAUUGCGACCAAAAGACUGAGAAACAAAUGAGAAAAUAUUAUAAAAGACCAGAAAUAGUUCCCUCAAUGCUUGAACUCAC